UGACGAAAGAAUACAUUGCGGGAUUGGAGACAUUUAUGCAUCAAGCAGAUUCCACACCGCUCGCCCUAGAAAGCGGUAAGAUGUUCUGUCCAUGUCGGAAAUGCAACAAUUCGAAAUUGGCAAAUCGUGAAAAUGUUUGGAAGCAUUUAAUAAAUAGAGGUUUCACGCCAAAUUACUAUAUCUGGUUUCAACAUGGAGAAGGUUAUAAUAAUUAUGAUCAGAAUGAAGCUAGUAGUAGUAAUAGCAAUUUUCAGGAAGAACCGGUUGCUCAUCAUUUGCAUAAUGAACAUAGUUACCAUCAGGAGGAGCAGAUGGUAGAUUUUGAUAGGGUUCAUGAUAUGGUAACUGAUGCAUUCGUAGCUCAUGAUGAAGAUGAAGAACCUAACAUAGAUGCAAAAAAAUUUUAUGAAAUGUUAAAUGCGGCGAAUCAACCACUUUACAGUGGUUGUAGAGAAGGUCUCUCUAAAUUAUCGUUGGCUACUAGAAUGAUGAAUAUUAAAACUGAUCACAAUCUACCUGAAAGUUGCAUGAAUGAAUGGGCAGACUUGUUUAAAGAGUAUUUGCCGGAAGACAAUGUGUCUGCUGAUUCUUAUUAUGAGAUUCAGAAACUGGUUUAUAGUCUUGGGUUGCCUUCGGAGAUGAUAGAUGUUUGCAUCGACAACUGCAUGAUCUACUGGGGAAAUGAUGAGAAGUUAGAAGAAUGUCGAUUCUGCAAGAAGCCACGAUUCAAGCCGCAAGGACGGGGACGUAAUAGGGUACCGUACCAAAGGAUGUGGUACCUACCAAUUACAGACAGAUUGAAAAGAUUGUACCAAUCAGAGCAGACUGCUGGAAAGAUGAGAUGGCAUGCCGAGCAUACUCAGACGGAUGGUGAGAUGACACAUCCAUCAGAUGCAAGAGCCUGGAAACAUUUUAACAAAGUAUAUCCGGAAUUCGCGAGCAAUAUCCGGAAUGUGUAUCUCGGAUUAUGCACAGAUGGAUUUAGUCCAUUCGGAAUGUCAGGGAGACAAUAUUCAUUGUGGCCAGUCUUUCUUACGCCAUACAACCUGCCACCGGAGAUGUGCAUGCAACGGGAGUUGCUAUUCUUGACCAUAUUAAUACCUGGUCCGAAACAUCCUAAAAGGUCGUUGGAUGUUUUCCUGCAACCACUGAUAAAAGAGUUGAAGGAUUUGUGGUCAACAGGGGAGAGAACGUAUGACUGCUCAACGAAGACGAAUUUCACGAUGCGAGCGAUGCUUUUGUGGACCAUAAGUGACUUUCCUGCAUAUGGGAUGUUGUCGGGAUGGACUACACAUGGGAGAUUAGCUUGUCCAUAUUGUAAUGGAGCGACAGAUGCGUUUCAACUGAAGAAUGGGAGGAAGACAAGUUGGUUCGAUUGUCAUCGUCGAUUUCUUCCCAUUGGCCAUCCGUACCGAAGAAAUAAGACAUUGUUUAGGCACAAAAGGGUUGUGAGAGACACUCCUCCUCCAUAUUUAACUGGAGAAGAAACUGAAAAGCAAAUCGAUUACUAUGGAGCUGUGGAAACAGUUCCUUGUGGUGGUAAUUGGCAUGUCCCCCCUAAUAUGCCUGAUUCUUACGGUGUUCAUCACAACUGGCACAAGAAGAGUAUAUUUUGGGAGUUGCCAUAUUGGAAGGAUCUUCUUCUGCGCCACAACCUCGAUGUGAUGCAUAUAGAGAAGAAUUUCUUUGAGAACAUCAUGAAUACAAUAUUGAAUGUCCCGGGGAAGACAAAAGACAAUAUAAAAUCGAGGUUAGACUUGCCGGAUAUUUGCUCAAGAAGUGAGUUACAUAUAAACAGCAAUGGGCAAGUUCCUAUUCCGAUAUUCAGAUUGUCUUCAGAAAAAAAGUCGGUGUUGUUCAACUGGGUAGCAUCUGAAGUGAAAUUCCCCGAUGGGUAUGUUUCAAAUCUGUCUAGAUGCGUUGAAAAGGGUCAAAAGUUCUCCGGGAUGAAGAGUCAUGACUGUCAUGUCUUUAUGCAACGACUACUUCCCUUUGCUUUUGCGGAGCUACUUCCUACAAACGUACAUGAAGCACUUGCAGGCAUUGGAGCAUUUUUCAGGGAUCUGAGCACCCGCACUCUUAAAGUAGAAGUCGUGGAACAGCUUCAAGAGAACAUUCCCAUCUUAUUGUGCAACUUGGAGAAGAUAUUUCCUCCUGGGUUUUUUGACGUCAUGGAGCAUCUAGCUGUCCACCUCCCAUAUGAGGCAUUGCUUCGUGGACCUGUACAUUACGGAUGGAUGUAUCAGUAUGAGCGAGCCAUGAAAUAUUUGAAGGGAAAAGCAAAGAACCUUGCAAAGGUUGAAGGUUCUAUAAUUGCUGGAAGUUUGACGGAAGAAACUUCUCACUUCACAUCGUACUACUUUGCGUCAAAAGUACGUACCCGGAAAAGAGCUCCAAGGAGAUAUGAUGAUGGUGGUGUCGCGCCAACAUACGCAGUUGCUGGUGUUCCAGACAUCUUUAGCCAGAUUGGGCGACUGGGUGGGAAAUCAAAAGAGGUUUGGUGGUCGAGUGAAGAAGACGCUCAUAGUGCACACACCUAUAUUCUACUCAAUUGUGAGGAUCCACUGAUUCGUUAUUUUGAAAGGUAACAUAAAUGGUAUAUA